UAAAUCGAGAAAGCAUAAUUCCGAUAAGACUCGAUGACUUUUAUCAUCGUGACAAACAAGAUGUUUUAUCAGUGGUAUUCGUAUAGUAACUCGCGCUUAUAAAUACGAGCGCGAGUCUCAUCUAAUUACAUUGGAAUGUGAUAACGUUGCCUAGUGUACCUCACGUGCGUUCUUGGUGGUAAGAAUGCUGUCAGCGACGAAAUCUGAGAUAGAUAUGCGCAAGGUGGAAGCCCCAAGGAACAUCAUCGUGGACUGCGACGCCGGUAUCGAUGACGCCCUGGCCCUGAUCAUUCUCUUGGCCGGUCACACAGACAAGAGGGUCAACAUUAAAGCCAUCACCUGUGUCAAUGGAAAUACCAAAGUGGACAAUGUCGUGAGAAACGUGUUCAGAACUCUGCACACAUGCAACUGCAUGGAUAUACCUGUUUAUCGAGGAGCGUAUUCACCUCUGUUGAUCAUGCCAAAUGCUAAGGAAACAGCAGAGGAGGAAUAUCAUGGAACUGAUGGAUUCGGAGACGCGUUCGUCGACGAUCCGGAUACGAGUAAGCUGCAGAAAGAGCACGCCGCGUUCGCUUUGCACAGAAUCACGUCGGAGGAUCCAGAUAACAUCUCCGUGAUCUGCUUGGGACCCCUGACAAACAUAGCGAUGGCUAUGAAACUGUAUCCAGAGUUUGCGAACAACGUGAAAGAAUUCUUCGUGAUGGGUGGAAAUUCAACUGCACAGGGCAACAUAACUUCACAGGCGGAGUUUAAUUUCUACGCAGACCCGGAAAGCGUGCACAUCGUGUUUAACAGCAACAGCAGCAAGCCUCUGUGGUUGUUACCGUGGGAAUCGUGCCUAGAAACCAAAGUUACACAUGAGUGGCGAAGUGAUGUACUAGGCACGAUAGACAAACCUUGCGUGCACAUGAUGAAUGCAAUUGAGGAAGGCAGACGCUCGCAAGCGAAGAAGCAUUUUCCUUAUUAUACCAUGUGCGAUGCUUUCCUAACCGCAAUCGUGAUGGUACCACACGUGGCCAAGAAUGUAGUCGCGUGGCACGCGGACAUCGAGCUGAGCGGCAACAGAACGCGGGGCCAAGUUGUCCUCGAUCAUCUGUUGUCAAACAAACCAAACGUGAAUUUGAUAAACAGUUUCGAUUCCGAGCUUUUUAAGAAGAUAUUAUUGGACGCGGUGAACACGAUUCACGAUUAUCGAAAAUAACGAAUAUAAUUGCACAAAAGGACGGAAUAUUCUAAGAAAAUGACAAGAGACAUAUAGGGAAGAGACUACAAAAUUUAUAUUUGAGGUCACAUUAAGGAAAGCAGAAUGGAUUUAAUGGUUUUUGUGCCUGAUUUUACAAAUAUACCAAUUAUUCAGGUAUGCGAUCACCAAUCCAAAAGAGAUGCCAAUAGAAGAUGAACUUUUUUAUUCUAAUUUCAUACUCAUCAAUGAUAUUUGAUCAUAUAUAGUUUAAGAUAUCACAACAAAUUUAUCCAAGUAUUAUUAUAAAAUUUGUUUUAGAAAAAUAUAUGUAUUUUAUAAUA